GGUAAUUGUUACAAAAGCGUUAGGGUUUGCUAAUUCGCCACGGUCCGUGAAGCAAUUAAGAGGUCCUGGACUCCUGAUAUCCCAAACAGUCUCUUUUGAAUAAUCGGAAGCGCAACUCAAGUGAGGAUCUAGACAAGCCGUGUGCCUGCCUGCCUACAUGAGUCCUCCAUCACCACUCCGAAGAUAUAAUAAUCUCUUGCAUGAGCAGAAUGCUUGGGAUUUCACUGGCACACCGUAUGUUCCUGUUUAUGUUAAGCUACCGUUGGGGAUCAUUAACAUGGAGUGUGAGCUGGUUGAUCCUGAUGGUCUUAGGAAACAACUAGAAACACUCAAGUCGAUUGAUGUUGAUGGGGUAAUGGUCGACACAUGGUGGGGAAUUGUUGAGGCCAACGAUCCCCAACAGUACAACUGGAAAGGUUACAAGCAACUCUUUUCGAUAGUGCGUGAGUUGGGUCUUAGGUUACAGGUUGUAAUGUCAUUUCAUGAAUCUCGUGAUGAUGAUGUUUGUAUUCCAUUACCUAAAUGGAUUAUAGAGAUUGGUAAAGAGAACCCCGAUAUCUAUUUCACAGACAGACAUGGAAACCGAAACACUGAAUGCCUUACUUGGGGAAUUGACGAGGAGCCUGUUUUGAGAGGCCGUACUGCUGUUCAGGUAUACUUUGAGUAUAUGCAAAGCUUUCGGGAUGAAUUUAGUGAAUUAUUCAACACUAGAAGCAUUAGCAAGAUUCAAAUUGGAUUAGGGGCUUGUGGAGAAUUGCGUUACCCGUCUAACCCUGCAAAACGUGGUUGGAAGUAUCCUGGUAUCGGUGAAUUCCAGUGCUAUGAUAAAUACCUACGUAAGUGUCUUGAGGAAGCUGCAAAAGCAAUAGGACUCCCAAAGUGGGGUAACCCACCUGAAGGCGCGGGCUCUUAUAAUUCCCAACCUGUGGAGACCGAUUUCUUUUGUUAUCAUGGUGAAUACCGUACCCCAUAUGGCAGAUUUUUUCUGAAAUGGUACUCCCAGUAUCUCAUUGAUCAUGGCGACAGGGUACUAGCCAAGGCCAAGUUGGCCUUUGGAGAUGUUCCCCUUUCCGUGAAAUUAUUAGGCAUGUAUUGGUGGUACGAAAGUGCCAGCCAUGCACCUGAACUGACAGCUGGAUAUUACAAUUGGGCCAACCGCGAUGGCUAUGCUCCAAUUGUUUCAAUGUUAAAGAGGCAUGAAGCUACUUUGAACUUUGCAUGUGCUGAGCAUUAUAUAGUGUGGCCCACGGAUGUUGACCCCGAAGGGUUAUUUUGGCAGGUACUGAAUGCUGCAUGGGAUGCUAAUAUACCAGUUGCAAGUGAAAAUGCACUUCCAUGCUAUGAGUUGAAUGGUUCGAAUGGAUACAACAAGCUAUUAGAACAUGCAAAACCAAGAAAUUUUCCAGUUCCUAGGCAUAUAUCUGCUUUUAACUACGUUGGUUUCAAUCAAGCUCUCCUAGAACAAGUCAACUUCAGGGAAUUUCGACGGUUCGUCAAGAGAAUGCACGGUGAAGCUGUGCAGUAUGAGGAUCUUUUAAACUGAAUCCAGAUUUACCGGUUAAGCUGUUUUGCAACUUACUUUAGGCUCUCUACUAGAACUUAAGUUAUGAUACAGUGAUAUGCCAUAUUUAAGUUGAAAUCUUUUGAAAAUCUUGCGCUUAACGAUCUGUUUACCCUUGAAGUCGUGUUUGCGUUAUGAUUUUCUGUUAAAUUACCCU